GGUCUGUAUGUCAGGAUGACAUGAGAUUGAGAAGGUUUAUAUUUUCGUAGUGUUUUCUUUUAUUCUCCUUAAAAAUACACUUAUUUAUCUUAAUUUAUUUAGUGACUGGAUAUUUUUUCAAAUACCUUCUAGCAGAUGAUUUUUAUCACUUAUCUAAACAACUACAGUAGCAAAAGUCGCCAAUAUUAAUUCCUAAAUCCACUUAGCCUUAACGUUUGAAUAGAAAAGAAUAUCCUUUUUAAUGAAUUUUAUCUUUAGAAGUGUUUAUAGGUUACGUCCAAUUUCAUUCCGUAGAAAUAUGUCUUUCGAUUACCCCAAAAUCCGUAGGGACGAAAAGGUUGCUGAUAGUUACUUCGGUAUUGGGGUUUCUGAUCCUUACAGAUGGUUAGAAGAUCCAGAUUCAGAAGAAACAAAGGCUUUUGUAGAUGCUCAAAACAACAUUACUCGACCUUAUAUAGAUAGCUGUCCUUAUAAGGAAUCAAUUAAAAGUCGUAUCACUACUCUAUGGAAUUAUCCAAAACAUUCUGUUCCAUUCAAACAUGGAAACAAAUAUUACCAAUAUCGAAAUUCAGGUUUACAAAAUCAAAGUGUUAUAUAUGUGCAGGAUAAUUUACAGGAUAAAGGAGAAAUAUUUCUGGAUCCUAAUACAUUGUCUGAUGAUGGCACUAUUGCUUUAUCUAACACAAGUUUUUCAGAAGACGGUAAAACAUUCGCUUAUGGGUUGAGUGCAAGUGGGUCAGACUGGAGAGAAAUUAAAUUUAAAAAUGUAGAUACGGGUGAAGAUUAUCCAGAAACUUUAAAGAAAGUAAAGUAUUCCUCAAUGUCCUGGAUGCAUGACAACAAGGGAUUUUUCUAUGGGGGUUAUUUGAACCAAACAGGCAAGGCAGAUGGAUCUGAAACUACCUCCAGCGAACACCAGAAGGUUUAUUACCACGAAUUGGGAACUGAUCAGUCCAAAGACGUAGAAGUAGUUGAGUUUGACGAUAAAGAAAUUAGAAUAGGAGCUCAAGUCAGUGACUGCGGUACUUAUUUAAUUUUAACACCGAUUAAAGGGUGCAAAAAUUACCUUCUUUAUUUUGCCAGAAUCGAUCCCAAUGAAACGAUCACAAAGAAAUUAGAAUUAACGCCGGUUGUUACUAAAUUUGAGGCCGAUUAUGAAUAUAUCACUAACGUCGAUAGCAAAUUCUAUUUCCGAACAAACAAAGAUGCACCUAAUUAUAGGAUAAUUUGUAUAGAUUUUAACAACUACUCUGAAUCAGAGUGGGGUACUCUAAUAGAAGAGGAUCCAAAAAAUGUAUUGGAUGAUGCUCAUGUGAUUAACAAUACAAUGCUGGUUGUUACAUAUUUAAAGGAUGUACAGAACACAAUGCAUAUUUUCGACCUUACCACCGGGAAAAAACUGCACGACUUUCAAUUGGAUAUUGGCUCUGUUUUUUCGAUAUCUGGUAAAAAACACCACACAGAAAUGUUCUAUAGUUUCUGUUCAUUUUUAACACCCAACACAAUAUAUAGAGUUGAGUUUGAGGGCGACAGUAUUAAGGAAACGGUUUAUCACGAAACGAAAGUUGGAGAUUUGGAUGCAUCAUUGUACGACACGAAACAGGUGUUUUAUAAAAGCAAAGACGGGACAGAUAUUCCUAUGUUUAUUAUCAAUAAGAAAGGUUUCGUUCUUGACGGAUCAAGACCUUGCUUACUCUACGGCUAUGGAGGUUUCAACGUCAACUUAACACCUUCAUUUAGUGUCUCAAGACUAAUCUUUGUCACGAAUUUUGAUGGAAUUUAUGCCUUGGCCAAUAUACGUGGAGGAGGGGAAUACGGAGAUAAGUGGCACAACGGUGGAAGGUUCGAUAAAAAGCAAAAUUGCUUCGACGAUUUCCAGUCGGCCGCAAAAUAUUUGGUUAACGAAAAAUAUACGAGCGCCGACAAAUUGAGUAUUCAAGGGGGCUCUAAUGGGGGCCUUUUGGUGGCUGCUUGCAUCAAUCAAGCGCCGGAACUUUUCGGAGCCGCUAUUUGUCAAGUGGGUGUCUUGGACAUGCUUAGAUACCACAAAUUUACAAUAGGAUAUGCCUGGAAGACUGACUAUGGCUGUGCAGACGAAGAAGAUCAAUUUAGAUAUCUUUACAAAUAUUCACCGUUACACAACAUCAAAAUACCUGAAGAUGAUGGUCAGUAUCCAGCUACGCUGCUUUUAACAGCUGAUCAUGAUGAUAGGGUGGUGCCCCUUCACUCACUAAAAUUUAUUGCUGAAUUGCAGCACAAAAUUGGAUCACUGCCCCAACAAAAAAAUCCGGUUUUGAUCCGAAUCGAGACCAAGGCUGGUCACGGUGCUGGAAAACCGACAACUAAAAUUAUUGAUGAGCUCACAGAUAUAUUCUGUUUCAUCUCCAGGGCACUGAAUUUACCGUUCAGUGCAUAGUGAAUUUUUCUAUAAAAUUAAAGUAGGAUAGUUAAAAGAAUUUUUAAAAUAAACUUCAGAUAUAUUGUAUAAAGAUGUACUUUAUAAUACAAAGUGAUAUGACGCUUUGCUAAUUUCGAUUUUCUAAUAUUUAUUUUAUUUUUUGAUACACAGCGACUCCAAGUGCCAUAUAAAGUAUAUAUUUAUAAAAUUAUCUCUAAAUAUAAGAGUUUUACUAAAAACUCAUUAUUUUUAUUCGUACCUUCUCUGAGGGUUAUUGAAAACGCAUUUUACUAAUUUUCGGUUAUAUUCAUAAUAUAAUGGUUUAUACUUAUAUAUAAUUAAAUAUGUAGGAAGUAUCAUAAAAAAUUUCUAUAUUUUUGUAGAUCUGCAUAUAUGUAAUUGUGUGAAAAGAGUUCAUGGAUCACUAAUUUUAUAAAUUGAAUUUUAUUUGAAUAAAUUUGAAAUUUUUGAAUU